CACCAAUUGCCACCAUCAUCAUUCCCUUUCCUUUUUCCCUUAUUUACUCUCUGCAAUUCUCUUCCAUUUCAGGUUUUGCUUUCUGGGUUUGUGUUGGAUUUAUGGGAACAGAGGAGAUAAGUGUUGUGAGUUCAAGUGCAGAUCGUCUCCAGAAGGCUGGGACAACAGAAGGAACCUCUCAUGUUAACCAUUGGAAGAGGCGAAAUCUCUCUCUUGAGAUACCUUCUAGGACACCCGACUUUGUUGCCAAAAGAAUGCCCCCAACAUCUAGUCCUACACCAAGGAAAGUGAAUUUUGUGUUAACACCUACCUCUUCAGAUGAUGCUAUACCUACUGGACCUUCAGGGCCAUCUUCGUCAAGAGCCAAACCAUCCAUCAAAAGUUUCUUGCCAAAACUUAGCUUCAUUUACCGAAGUUCGUCGGAUGUUGAGGCGGUGUCCUGCCUUGUUUCUGAGGCUUCAUCUUCACGGACACAUGAAAAGCCUCCUCAAGCUUUAAUGGCGCCUAGGUCGAAGCAAGCUUCAUCACUACCUGUAACUCCUGUAGCUCAUUCAAAUCCAGAAUCUACACAUGAUGGAAGCAAGGGAAGUGAACAGGAAUCAGUAAGAAGGGGAUCUCAGAAACGGAUAUCACGCUCCCUUUCUCUUCCAGUCAAUAACAAGGGUAGAAGCAUAAGGAGGACGGAUUCAUUUUUUCGAGUAAUUCCUUCGACCCCACGACCAAAGGAAGGGGAUACGACAUUGAAUACUUCUACAACAAUAGAAAUAGAAAAUGAAGAAAGCAAUGGCGAAGACAUCUCUGAAGAAGAGGCUGUCUGUAGAAUUUGCAUGGUUGAAUUGUGUGAAGGAGGUGAGACUCUAAAGAUGGAAUGUAGCUGCAAAGGUGCACUUGCUCUGGCUCACCAAGAAUGUGCAGUCAAAUGGUUUAGUAUCAAGGGAAAUAAAACGUGUGAAGUUUGCAAGAAAGAGGUCCUAAACCUUCCUGUAACUUUGUUAAAGGUCCAGAGCAUUCGAACUCGAGUAUUAGGGGGAACUAGAACUCAGCAGGACAAUGUCAAUAUCCAUAGGGUGUGGCAGGAGUUUCCUGUGCUUGUGAUUGUUAGCAUACUUGCCUACUUUUGCUUUCUUGAGCAACUACUGACGCAGGUUGCGAAAAUGGGCACCAGUGCAAUUGCCAUUUCACUUCCAUUUUCGUGCGUUUUGGGUCUGUUCUCAUCAAUGACCUCCUCGACCAUGGUGAAGAGAAGAUACAUAUGGGUAUAUGCAACAGUUCAGUUUGCGAUGGUGGUUCUCUUCUCACAUCUAUUCUACACUGUGGUUGGUAUCCAAGCAGUUUUGGCUAUCAUACUGGCUACAUUAACCGGGUUUGGCCUCGUUAUGAGUGGAAGUUCAAUUAUUGUUGAGUUUUUAAGAUGGAGAAGACGUUGGGGGCUAACAUCACCACAACAUCACCACAACUCUCAGAGAGCAGCACAACCAAUACGAGCAUCUAUAGCUAUAAGUUCAGUGCACCAUGCCAUACCCCGACAACAUCCCACGGUUGUUGAAACAUUAAGCAGAAGCUGAAUUGAGACGGUGUUGGCCAAGGUGAAUUAUCUUUUUUUUUUUUAUGCAUUAUCAUUGUUAUAUGUACAAUUGAGUAUAGGCAGUGACUUCCCUGAACCAUAGUUCCCUUGUAAGUAAGACUUUAUGCCGUGGUUCUGAAAGUUGUCAAUUUGGCAAGAGUUGAUGGAUAUAUAAGGAACACCCAAGAAAAUGAGAGAGUGAAUCUAAUCCAUUGCAACUCUUAAACAAAUCCAAUAUACAUAUGUGGCGUUCUUGUGA